GCUCUUACGCGAUACCGUCGACGCCUGCCUCAGGUUCCCUCAGGCUCUAGUUGCUAGCCAUGAUCUCUGCUGGUCUGCUAGCUCUUGCAGCCUUCGUCGGUCCUGCAGCCGCCCAGGCCCAGUUCCCGACGAGCACAUAUAUUGUCCCCGGCCAGUUUCCGACGUCCCUCUUCGCGUCGUAUUACAACGAUCCCACUGCAACUUCAGCGCAGGUGCAGCCCGUCGUCACCGACCCGGUCACCAACACCGUGUACCCUCAAUGGCUGACAGACCCGGACCACAUCCCCACCAACGACACCGCCGACCCGCAUCCGCUGCCCCCCGCCCUCGGCUCCUCCGCGCUCGUCGCCCAGGCGCUCCAGCAGAUCCAGUCCAUUGCCGCGAACACCGCCGGGUUCGGGAACAACACGUGCGCGCAAUGCCAGGCCUCGCUCGCCGUCGCCAAGCUCGUCGCGCUUGCGGCCCCCGACGCGCUCGCGGAUCUGGCGGUGCAGACGUGCCAGGCGUUCGACUAUAGCUCGGAGACGCUGUGCGAGGAGAAGUAUAUGCGCAAUUCGGCGGGGUGGGUGCUUGCGCAGACGGUGUAUUGGGCGGACGUGGGCGGGUAUGAUGGCCAGCUCCUCUGCUACGAGUUUUUGGGCCUGUGCCCACAGCCCCCUACGCUCCCGCUCAACAUGACAAGCUGGUUCGCAAAGCCGAAGCCUGACCCGCUGCCCGCGCCGAAGCAGGCGACGGGCGAGCGAAUGAAGGUCCUGCAUAUAUCCGACUUCCAUAUCGAUCCCCGAUAUGCCACCGGCGCCGAAACAAACUGCACGAGCGGCGGCCUCUGCUGCCGCUCCGACGAGUACAACAAGAACAGCCCGCACGAGACGCUCUCGCCUGCGCCCCGCUUUGGGUCGUACAACUGCGACGCCCCGUUCGCGCUCGUCGCCGCCUCACUCGAGGCCAUUCCGCCGCUCACAGGCACGCAGGAGACUGGGUUUAAUUUUACGCUUUUCACGGGGGAUAUGCUCGCGCAUGAUCCGCAGUGGGAGCAGUCCGAAGCAUUGAACGAGUAUGCCGAGGUCGUCCUCUUCGACAUGUUCAAACAGAUGCUCGGUCCCGGGGCGGUGUACGUCGCGCUGGGGAACCACGAUUCCUACAACCAGGACCUGGCAGCACCGUUGUCCCUAGGCGACGGCGAAGGACAGGAGUUCAGCUGGCUAUACGACCACGUCGCUGCGUUGUGGCAGUACGAAGGCUGGAUGAACGCGUCCGAGGCCGCGUACGCCAAGGCGCACUAUGCCGCGUUCAUGGUUCAGAGGGGGGAUGGGCUGCGGAUUGUUUCGCUUAACACGAAUCUUUGGUACAAGAACGGGUACCUGAACUAUAUCAACUCGACGGACCCCGAUCCGUCCGGGAUGCUGCGGUUCCUCACUGACGAGCUGCAGGACGCGGAGGAUGCGGGUGAUCGAGUCUGGAUCAUGGGCCACGUUCUCAGUGGCUGGGACGGGUCUAAUCCGUUGAUGAACCCAACGAACUUGUUCUACCAGAUCGUCGACCGCUUCUCUCCACACGUUAUUGCCAACAUUGUAUGGGGCCAUACACAUGAAGACGAGAUGAUGAUCUACUACACGAACAAUGCAACAGUCCAGAGCGCUGAUACUGCCAUCAACACCGGAUGGAUUGGACCCUCUGUCACUCCGCUUACAAAUCUCAAUUCUGGCUUCAGGGUGUAUGAAGUUGACUCUGGCACGUUUGAAGUUGUUGACGCAUACACGUGGCGAAGCUCAGUAAACGACUACCCCGCACUCGACAAUCAGACCGAGGUCGGCCCGACAUAUGAGUUCGAAUACAGCACCCGCGAUGCCUACGGCACCAACAUUACCUGGGGUGCCAACGACCCGCUCAACGGGACGUGGUGGCAUCUCGUCACCGAAGAGUUCGAGAAGUACCCCGAGCUCGUGCAGCAGUUCACGACGUAUCAGGGCAAAGGCUCGCCGCUGAGCCCGAACUGCACGAACGCCGAGUGCGCCGAGGCCAAGAUCUGCUACAUGCGGAGCGGCUCGGCGAGCAUCGGGCAGCAGAACUGUAUACAGGGGUAUGGGUCGGUGCAGUCGGCGUAUGGGAGUUAGGUUGAUGUGGUCUUAUUUUCGUCUGUUGUUGAUUUUUGGCAGGAUGAAUUUAGAUUUUCGUGCGUGCUUUCAAUGUGUGGUGUGAUGCUGAGGUGUAAAGUGCUCUAUUCCUGGGGUUCCAUGUUCGUCAACGGGUUGUUGGGACUGGGGACAAUUAAACAAGGAAUCCCGUCGAAUAGGAUUUUUUUUGCAGGUAAACUAAAUAGGGACAAGAAUUCGACACAAGAGCGAUGUACCAGGCAGGGCUACUCAAGAAAUAAGCAAGUUGUUGGGCAUAAG